GAGGAGUCUCUAAUCACCACAGCUGGCAGUGCUUCCUCCCCGCUGCAGAAGCAUUGUCGCGCAUGAAGCAUGGCAUGAAGCAGUAAAAUGGAAACUGCGCAACUGACUCAAACAAACACACCUUUUGACGGAUAAUUUCCACUUUCAAACUUUUCUCAAAGCUCAGUGUCGACGUUGAUGUUGUACUUCUCCAAAUGACAUCCUAAAAAGAAUGUCCUGCCUGAGAAGUUGUACUAGUUAGUUAACUUUCAUCAUGGACCAUCUGAACCUGGGCUGUCAGGUCUGCCUCACCACAUCUAACUACAUGCUUGAUUUGAAGACCCAUAUUCACUCACAUGGACAUGUACAGAAAAUGAUUGAGGUCUUCCAGCAAGAUAUGUUCAAGGGUCAUGGCAUCUUUCCCUUCAUUGAGUUGAUCAAGUCGCGAGUCAGACGUGAAAUCACAUGGCCCAUCAUAGGCCUAUCGUUGUGUUUCAGUCGAAAGUCAAAAACAUAUUUUUACAUGUGCCAUGUCUGUGAGGAAAAGUUUCUAUCAAUGAGGAUUUUAUCGCACAUCACUUCAAUGGACCACCACAGAAACAACUUUAGCUACAUAAACCCCAACGCACUGAGUUUCUCCUGGAUGCCUGAAAAUCCAAAUAAAUACUUCCUGAGGUCUGAGUUGAGAGAGGGUGGAAACGAUGAGGAAAGCACGAUUGGAGACCUACAGCUGUUGGAAUUGCCUGGAGAACUGUUUAAACAAGUGGAAAAAAGCAAUUACUCAGAGGUGGCUCGCACGCUCAGUGAAAUUGAGAAGCUUCCCAAGAUGCAUGAAGUUUUCAAGAAAGAGAGGAUGACAAUACAAACAUACCUAAAAGACAGCAAAAGGGAACAUCCACUUCUUGGCAUGCAGCACCUCAUUGAGUGCAUUUGUGUCGGGCAAACGGAGAAGAGAUACUACCUCUGCACGCUCUGCAACAUAACUUUGACCCCCCAAGGGAUCAUCAAACACGUUCUGAGCUUUGACCACAUCUUUUCUUACUUUAAAGCGUGGCACCCUUCAACUUUGUCGUUGAACGCUUAUUUCAACACUUACACAAAAGACUUUGGCUCCCUGAUGCUUAAUUUUGCAAAGCAGGCAGAGGAAAUUCAUGGUACUGCAAACAUGGAUAUAAAGCAAGUGAUCCUGGAGCCUGCCAAAUUCGCAUCAGUGGAUUUCACCUCUUAUACAGAAGCUUUAAAGGAGUUGGAAUCGAUCACAAAGGAAAACAAUGGGAGCAGCUUGAUGACGAUUGUCAAACCAGGGAAGAAGCUGGUUUUAAAGGCUUUGGAAUCCACUCCAAAGGAGAAAGAUGACUGCAGCUCGAUGACAAUUGUCAAUCAAGAGAAGAUGCCAGCUUCAAAAGAGCUGGAAUCCAUCACAAAGGAGAACGAUGAGAGCAGCGUGAUGAAAGUUGUCAAUCAAGAGAAGAUGCCAGCUUCAAAAGAGCUGGAAUCCAUCACAAAGGAGAACGAUGAGAGCAGCGUGAUGAAAGUUGUCAAUCAAGAGAAGAUGCCAGCUUCAAAAGAGCUGGAAUCCAUCACAAAGGAGAACGAUGAGAGCAGCGUGAUGAAAGUUGUCAAUCAAGAGAAGAUGCCAGCUUCAAAAGAGCUGGAAUCCAUCACAAAGGAGAACGAUGAGAGCAGCGUGAUGAAAGUUGUCAAUCAAGAGAAGAUGCCAGCUUCAAAAGAGCUGGAAUCCAUCACAAAGGAGAACGAUGAGAGCAGCGUGAUGAAAGUUGUCAAUCCAGAGAAGAAGCCGGAGGAACCUAUUAAAUCAUACCAAUUACACUGUCAGAACUGCGGUUGGAGCUUUAACUUAUUCUCUAAAUACUGCAAACACGUGUCGUCAUGGAAACACCAAGAGAUGGUGAAUACAUUUGUUGGCGGAGGUGCUAAUUGUUAUGGCCAACAGGGAUGGGUACCUGAACUGGGCCUCUACUAUAUCCACAAAGAGAGCUUGAAGCUAAAACAACCCCUUAUUGGUAUUUCCCUGAUUAUGACGUUUGUCUGCAAUCAGGUUGAGAGCAAACCUUUUUACAUUUGCUUCGCUUGUGAGGAGUGUUUCUCCGAGUCCUCUCUCAGACAACACUUACACUCUACACAACAUCUCGUAUACACGUUGGUGAGCUUUGAGUCGUUUAUAUGGUUGCUGUACCAGAACCCGUGGCGGCUUACUUUUGCUUGGGAGACUUGCCUUGAUCUUUCUUUUUUGAGAUCAAUGGCAUGGGAAGAGGAGAAGGAAAGAGGAACAAACGAGAGGAAGCUGAAGGUUUUUGAUAUACCAUACUGGAUAUUUGAGGGCCUCGACCAGCUAAAUUACAUACAAGUGAUGGAGAGACUUGGUCUGUAUCACACUGUCUUAAGGAACAACGUUCCUGAGCGUGAAACAUACAGCAAACUCAAACAAAACGAGAUAUUUCCUCAGCUCGGCAGUCACUUCCUGGUCAUUUACCCCAGCUGUACCAAAGAGCUUUCUCUCACAAAAAAGGGAUAUGUGUGUCUGCUUUGUGAGAGGAGGUUGUUUGGCGAUGAAUGUUACGCUCAUGUGUUCAGUUUUGACCAUGUGGAAACAUUUCUAGAGAGUUUCCAUCCAGGCUCCACGGAUUCGAGCACUGAUGCAGAGACGUUGCUGGACUUGGCAAAACAGGCGGGGCGCAUUCACCCCAUAUCAUGUGUACAGGUUAUAUGUAUGGAGAGGCCAAUCUGGGAUUCGUACUCUUACUCUACCACAUUAAAACUCCUGGCAGGCAGAAUGUGGACCGUUUGUCAAGCAGCGCUUACAGCCCCAAUUAUACCUGGAAAGAAGCUGAUCCCCAGAGAAACUCUGAAAGCUGUAGCCACAAAACAAGUGACAGACAGCAGCCAGAAGAAUGGAAGGAUGAUGGGGUGUUGUGAGAACACAACAAGUCAAAAGUCUACAGACCAGAGUGAGACGACCCUGAAAACGAUCCCAGUAGAAGUUGGUGCUGAAGUCACCAAUACACAAUUUGCAAAAAGUGGACAAAGUGUGGAAAAGGGAAACAAGGACAUUCCUACACCAAGUGAAAAAGAAUCACAGAAGAGAAAAGAGUUUUCAAGAGAUGGUUUGGCGGAGAUAAAGACUGACGGUAGUGAGACAUGCCAGAAACCAAGUAGGGAGAGCCCAGUAACCUGCAAAAAAACAGACAAAAAGGAUGAAAUGGAGAGGGUAAAAAAGAGGAACAAAAGUGGCAAAGAAAUCCUGAAACAGAAGAGGAUAAUCUCACAGGAGGACCCUUGUCCUGUUCAGGAUAUGAAGCAAGUAAAGAAACAGACAAAAGGAAUCCUCUCCUCCAAAAAAGACUCAUCAGAAUCUCAAAUGCAGGUUACUGACACAGACCGGGGAGAAAGUGGCAAACCAGGUCAGGAGCCAGCAAAGGAUGAAAGUUCUUCAAACGUGAACUGCCAACAAAAAAACCAGCUGUGGCAGUUUCUCAAAAAGAAGACUCGACACCCUGUGAUUGGCCUGAGUGGACUUGUUGAACUCCAAUGUGAUGAGCGUGACCCCAUCUACCUGUGUGAUUGCUGCUCUCUGACGAUCCCCGAGAAGGACAUCAUCAGCCAUGUUUCUGGAAUCGACCACCAGAAGUUGUAUCUGAUGAAGUUCCAGAAACUCCCGCCUCUACGAGAGAUGCAACAGGUGAAGGCAAUCAGAGAUGUGGCUGCUUUGUUUGAACAACAGAAUGGAUAUGGAGAGGCUCAGGUUGAGUAUCUGGAGAAAGAGAUUUACGAUGAAAUCUUGGUACAAAACUUUAAAUCAGCCAUCAAGACGGUUAAGAAACUUCAGGAUCAAAUGAACAUCAGAAGGUAUGAAAGAUCUUAUACCUCAGCUCCGUCUAGUGUUCAACCUGUGGACACAUCGACUGCUCAACAUCAGCUCGGUUCUAUGAAGAACGACUACCAGGAGGUGAAUAUGGAGGUUGAUGAGGAUUCAGAAGACUCCUGCCUGACUGUUUCCAAAAGCAGCGUGCACAAAGCUGAAAUACUUUCAAACAAAAUGUUUGUACCUUUUCAAAUAGCUGCUAUUUCCCAAAAAGAGGGGACAUGCAAAACUGCACCAACUUCAUGUUUUAAUGAAACCACGCCAAAGACUUCCAUGCCAGCCAAAUCAACAGCAGCCAGCUCCAUAUCCACCAUGGGAGAAACUGCCAAUGGACGUAGAGCAACUCCCUCCAUCUCUACUGCCACCACCUCUGAACCAGCAGCAACCACCACCACCUCAACUGCAUCCAUCUCCAGUGAGAUGUCAACAACUAAAUCUGCAACAUUGCCCAAACCUCUGGAAAAUAUUACUGGAGCUGCAGCCAAUAUUACAGCUAAGACUUCAUAUAAAGCUGCCACAGCUUCUAACAAAGAGUCCAUGGUAGUGCAUGAAGCCGCCUUCAAAACUGCACCUGCUUCCAAAAAGGAAAAUACCUCCAGAAACUCUGAAAAUGUCUCAACAGCUUUGUUCCUGUCUCAAACCCAUCCCGUAACAUCUGUAGCCGAUAUUAAAAUGGCAGUGAAAUGUGAUAAUACUGAAGCCUCUGUAAAGACUGCUGCUAUGAAGAAUUCAGUGGCUUCAACAGCUGAUGUUGCACCAAAUGUUCAAAAGAGUAAAGCGCCAAAAGAUCCUAAACUGAACAGGCACACAAAUCCAACCACAGAGCCAUCACGUAACUCCACAACUCCUAAAGUUGUAGGAAUUCUGAAAGCUUUAUUAAGAACAAGAGACGUGCAUGUCUCCUCACCCUCAACACACACUGCAGAAGUUUUAAGACAGAACGUUACCUACACCAGUCCAGCCUCAAGACAAGAUGACUGUAUUUACAUGCCGCAAAAUGAAGGUCUUUCUCCUGUUAACCAAUCAGAGCAGAUCAAGCAUCAGCUCCAGACACGAUUGGUCCAGAUUCCAGCAGUCAAUAUAGGGAAACAUCAGGAUUAUCAGCCUCCUCUUGCCACUGGUGCUGCAGGCAGAUUCACAGACAGCCCAGAUACAUGCCAAGAGACCCGCAACACUAAACAGCAGCAGGCGAGAAGAGAUCCAGAGUUAGAGGACUCGAGCAGGGAACAGCAGAACCAACCAAAAUCCAGCCAGAGGGCAGAACAUGUGUCGACACACUCGCAAGCACUCACAAUGUUUUUAACAGGGGAAAGCAGUCAUUUGUCCACCUACUUGAAGGUACAGGGAACUGAGCGUGGUGGAUCAAUCAUAGGUCAGGGCUUUGUGUGGGAGUGUCAGGGGAUUUCUGUGAGCCCGUUUUACCUGUGUGAGAGCUGCAAGGAAAUGAUCAUCCACUAUAAGAUCUGUGAACACAUGAGGAGCUAUGAUCACCAGUUACAAUACAUUUGGAUGCAGUACCCAGACUUACUAAACUUCUGGGAUCGUGAUUUUAUUCUUGAAGAGAUGAAACGGGAGAUCGUAGAGGGCAUCGCCAUGAUGCUCUCUAAACGGGAGUGUUACUACAAAGUGGAUGCACAGUGCACACUGCUGAGACCGGGGGCGUUUGAACAUGUUAAGAGUCUUUCGUUCAGUGAAGCUUUAAAACUGGUUAAAGACCUCAAAGAUCCUAAACUGGACUGGCAAACCAGCUUUACAGCACAACACAAGGAAACAAGACAAGAAAUAGAGGAAUAUCAUUCCGAAAACACUGUUGGAUAUUUGGAUGGGGUCCAACAAAGGAGAGUCUUGAGUCCUCUGAAUGUGAAAAGCAGUUCCCCGAAUGCUGAUUUUCUUGUCCCUCCCAUCUCAUCUCUUAGUCCCCAAGUAAAGCCAGGACCCCCAGACUUUCAGCACCAGAUGCCUAUCACAGAAUAUCAAGUAAAACAGGCUGAGGUGCAUCUAGAAUCCCAAUCUUCCGCUAUUGUUGGUCCUAAAACCAUUCAAACCCUGUCACUGUCUCCCACAGUUAAAUGCCCUCCAACCAGAAAAAGACCAGCUGAUGAACCAACUCUGGACAGAUAUAGCACAAGUAACCCCCAACUCGAGGAUCCUUUGCCAAAAUAUUACAAACCAACAUGCAGUCAGCCCAGCUCAGAAUCAGCCUCUGAGUCCUCUUUAGUCAACCCUGCUGCAACCCCCCCCCUCCUGUCUCCAUUGGACCAGGACGCAGGACCUGAAUCUUUUGAACUAGACAAACUCCCCGAGUACACGAUGCAUUUUGAUCACCUAUUGGCUCUGGUGAGAAAGACUAAGUUAAAUGUUUCCUCUGGCAAAUCACCUCCUUCGAAUAAUGAGAAUGCAACCUCCUGCACUUACGAUUCAUCUCAAAGGGUUGUGAAAAGCAGUUGGGAUCAAAAGCAUGUGCAGAUAAUGUCUAACAUGCCCCCAAAAGAAACAACAGGGGAUUUAAAGCAUGUUAAUGUGACACAAGAUCCAGCCGCCGCCUACUCAUUUGAGGAGAUGUCUCUAACGUCUGCAGCUCCUGUGGGCCAUGAGAAGCAACUCGUCGCCCCUCAUGCAAACUGGGCUCUCUCCGCAAACAACUCAUCUCUUAUGGGCUCGACUUCAACGAGAGGCAACCUUUUAUUCAGAGGGACUGAAGCCCAAACAGUCAGUACAGUGUUAGCUUCUGCCAGCACUGUGGACCCAAGCGACCCACAACACCAGAUAAGUGUCAAAGAUCAGAGAAACCCUAGUCUCUUUUGUGAAGUCCCCAACGAUAACCCAGAGACUGUCAGACCCAACCAACUGCCCAUUAACACCAUCAUAACUGCCAGGCCUAACGAUCUGUUUAUGAGCGGCUAUAACCGAGAGGCACUCACUGAGAUGAACCAGGGGGGUCGGGCUGCUCACACGCUAGCUGCAGCUGCACCAAUGCGCCCCAGCAAAGCUUCAGGAGGCCUAUACGUCUUGAAUGGACAGCAAGUGUUUAUUUCUCCUGACGCUGUUGGAAGUUACACAACACCAGACCACAUUCCUGCAUACACAACAAGGGGGGUCUUCCCAAAGCAGGAAGCAGGGCCCUUCAGUAUGCAAUCAUUUGGACACAUAUCAGCAAGUCCUCUGCCCCCAGACUGGGUGAUGCUGGGACGGCAGCAGCAGUGGCUCUUGCAGCAGCAGAAGCAGCAGCAGCAGCAGCAGUACUCCUCAUGGACGAUGGCUGCAGCUCCAGCCAACUAUAGGAUUGAUCAAACACAGAGUUCUUCUCAGGUUUACAUGCAACCUCCGUUCAAUCACUAUCCUCCUGCAGCCGAUAAUGGAAUCGUAUCCCAGGGAUCAGCUAACUCAUUUAUGGCCACUGGCACAGGGUUGUUUACUCCAGGUCCCCAUAUAACCGAUAACCCUCCUCAAUGAAGACUACCUGUUAAACCAUGUAAAUACAAGGUAUUUUUGCAGCACACCCGUUAAAUACUGCCGAUUGUAUUAGAUAUUUUUGUGAACACAAGGAAGUUUGGAGACAUGGCCUAAAAAUCCCCAGUCUGAUCUCUUUGUUACAUUUCAAAUAAGGUGUAAAUUGUUCAUUGCCAUCUUGUUUUUUGAUAUAUUUGUGUGUUACAUACACAACCAUUUUAAAUUGAUUCAUUGGAGUAGCAACAGGUUCAAUAAACUGCCAGUUCAUUUAAAACCUUUGCUUGCUUAAUAUGAAGGAUACGUUUGUAAACAUUUUCAGACAGGAUAUUAAGCUACUGUAGAUAUUUUUUGUUUUUACAUUUUCAGCAGUGUACUUUGAUUUAUAAUGUUUGUUUUAAUAAAAUUCCUUUAAAUGCA